AUGGUGCAUCCAACCCUCGCGCAGCCCGAAGCAGGGAAGGAAUCGCAAUACUCGGCAAACAAAGCCUGGACACGGACUCCCACAGCGGAGAUCCAUACUGCCACCGUCAAACGAUGGUGCGAGGAGUUUCACGAGACAAGUGUUGCAAACUGGCACCAGACAGAAUCGAAUUUUGGCCAGGUGUGGAAAGGAAUGUGUUUUGCGCGGAGGAAGAACCGGUUCUGGCAAGAUGAUCUCGUCAAGGAUAACAUCGAAAAGCUUUGGCAACCACUUGCAGACUUUGAUUACGUCUUGAGCGUGUACUCAUUUCUCGAAGGAGUGCGGAUUCAAACCCUACAGCCGCAGUUACGAAGUCGUUACAUGAGCUGGAGAUCAGCGGCACAAAUCAGGCUACAUGCGACCCUUGACCUCAUGGAUGAAGAGCAUGAGCCAUCAGCGAAGAUAUCGAGCGAUAGAAUGUCGUGCGACGAUGACCUCAGAGCCACGGCAAGCAAGUAUCCGCUCACGCUCUAUCAGCAUCUCAGCAUUGCCCGAGUCUGUAACGAUGUGGACAGGGCAUUAAAGGUCCUCUGGUGUUGGCUUAACGAGGUCCGGAAUCGCCGGCUGAUCUGCAUAGGGGCCAUUAGGGAGGCUGGUAUCCCGUGGGUCAUUAUGCAGGAAUCUCUGUCAAACCUGACCGAGGGUGCUAAGAGGUGCUCGAGUGUUGCGCAAGCUGUGACUCAACAACUCGAAGGCGCUCGCACCCGUCUCUGCGAGGCAUUAGGGCUGGAUCCCAAACAAGUCCCUGGUGGCGAAAACACAUCGAAUCCAAGCAUGACCGCCAUGAAGUACGACAAGGACCCCGAUGCGCCUGGUAGUCCCGACUCCGGUCAGAGUAGAGCGGAACUUCCCCGACAUUUCUGUCUCAGGAAGGCCUCCCUCCAGGCCAGCCGCAUCGCCCUGAAGCUCAAUAUCCACAUGACGCUACUUCCUACCAAGACAGCACAGAAGAUCCUUGACCGAAUGAUGCUUAGAUCGAUGGAGAUGGCUGUUGAGGCUAGGGAGGCGGGUGACUACAAGGCAGAGAUCUCGAUGCGCAGCCUGAAUAAGAAGAUCAGGAAGGUUUCCAAGAGGACAAACCAGGAGAUUACGAGCAUGAAGCCCAGAAUGACGCUGUUGGACUCGGAAACGUGGCCGGCAGUCCUCAACCCACGUCAGGACAUGGUGGUGGAAGUACAUGGUCACAGAUCGAUGCCCGUUGAGACUUUAAUUGACAUGCUACACGCAAUGCCGAACCCACCACCGACAGAAGGCACAGGGGAAAAUCCUAAUGGAAGUAACAACCAUACUUUCGCCGAUCCCGCCUCAACGUCGCCGAACUGCUCACCUGUUCAGGAAACGGGCGAAGACUGCCGGCGGUCGUGCAAGCCGAGUUUAACCGUGGCUGCGCCAGAGACUGAAUCGAACGAAGCUUGA